AUGAAAAAUUCGAAAAUAUUGGAAUUUUUGGAAUUGGUAGGGCGCCUUAAGCAUGUCAAAAGAACGGGUUGGAUCCUCUGUGAUAUUAAUGAUUGUGAGACAAUAGCCGGCCACAUGUACAGGAUGGGAAUCAUGACAUUCUUACUAACAGAAGAAAAUAAUCCUACUAAAUUGGACAGAUUAAAAUGUCUUCAAAUAGCUCUCAUUCACGACUUGGCUGAGUGCAUUGUUGGAGACCUCACACCUCACUGUGGAGUGAGUCCUGAAGAAAAACACAGAAGAGAAGAUGAGGCCAUGAAGACAAUUUCAGGACUAACUGGAAUUGCUGGUGAUAGAAUGUAUGAAUUAUACAAAGAAUACGAAGACCAAAGUUCACCUGAGGCUAAAUUUGCUAAAGACUUGGACCGUUAUGAUAUGAUCCUACAAGCAUUUGAGUACGAAAAACGUGAAAAUACUCCAAAGAAAUGUCAAGAGUUCUUCACUGCAACAGAGGGAAAAUUUGACCACCCGUUUAUACAGGAUUUAGUCAAAGAACUGUACUUGCAAAGAGAAAUCUUUGAGAAACAUACCGUUGUCAAUGGUCAUGUGUAAAUGCAUAAUUAUAGUACAUAACUAAUAUGAAAUAUGAUUCCUCAAUGCAUAAUAUAAUUUUGUCUAGCAUGGCUAGAUGUGAUGGCUAUAGGCUGCCUAUGUAUUAUUUUUUAUCUGUUAUUCUUUUCUAAAUGUAGGAAAUUAUUAUUGUUAUAAAGGCUAACCUUUUAAAGUUUCUCAGAAACUGAUGCUUUCAUAAUAAAAACUUUCGUUGCUAAGCACAUC